ACCAUGAAUGCAAAAACCAGCUCUGCAGGUGAGGAAGAAGCCUCAGGAAUGAGCAAUGAGACCCUGGGAGAGGCCAAAAGGCGGCAAGUGAUCCGUGUUGCCUACGUGAUUGCAGCCCUAGACCUGACCUUUCUCUUCAUGCAGUUUGGACUCAUGCCUUACUUGGCAAAGAGCCUAGGUUUGGAUUCAGUGGGGUUUGGCUAUCUCCAGACCAUCUUUGGUGUCCUCCAGCUCAUGGGAGGUUACAUUUUUGGAAGGUUUGCAGAUCGAUUUGGUGCCCGAGCAGCUUUAAUUCUCUCCUGUGCAUCUGCAAGCUGCUUCUUCCUGCUCAUGUCCUUCUCCACCAACAUCCCCCUCCUCUUCCUCUCCAGGCUGCCAGGAGUGUUCAUGCAUGGGAUACCAGGUGCUCAGAAGGUUAUUACAGAUGUGACUACUCCUUCCCAACGUGCUGGUGCUCUGGGGAAGCUGGGCUUUUGCUUUGGAGUGGGCAUCAUUACUGGCUCUGUCGUGGGAGGUGUUCUAUCCACCAAAUUCGGUGUUUAUGUUCCUACAUAUGUUGGGCUGGUGGGAAGUCUCAUCAACACCCUGAUAGCAGUGCUUUGGAUCCCUUCUCAGACUAAACCAAAGUCAGACCAUCACAGGACAGAGCACAGCACAUCACCGUCUGGCAGCUUGUUUAGCAUCAGAGAAAUCCUGCGCCUGAUGAAGUUUCCAGGAGUGAUGGAAGUUUUCAUAGUCAAGGUGUUUGCUGGAUUUCCCAUAGGUUUGUUCAUGAUUAUGUUUUCCAUCAUCUCUAUGGAUUUCUUUGGCUUGGAAGCAGUGGAGUCUGGAUAUCUGAUGUCAUAUUUUGGUGUCCUUCAAAUGGUUGUCCAGGGUUUGGUGGUUGGGAAACUCGCCAGUCGCUGCUCAGAGAUGACCCUGCUCAGACUCAGCGUCUUCGUCUUCGCUUGCGUGGGCCUGGGCAUGGCCCUGAUGAGGACAGUGUGGCACUACUGCAUCAUUGCAGCGCCGCUGGUGUUUGCCUUCAGCAUGCUGGCCACCAUCACCGACAGCAUCCUCACCAAGGCCGUGCCCCCCUCCGACACUGGUGCCAUGCUUGGGAUCUGCGCAUCAGUGCAGCCCCUGACCCGGACAGUGGGUCCAACCAUUGGUGGAAUUUUAUAUAAACAAUUUGGAGUCUCUUCCUUUGGAUAUUUACAGUUAAUGGUCAAUUUAGGUUUGUUUGUUUUCCUCUUGAAGAGUAAAAUCCCACUGGAAGAGAUGAAAAGCCAAUAA